AUGGAGAAAGGAGGAAUCGGUCGAAGACGUCUGAGUUUGAGCUCUGGGCGACGUUUUGGCUCAUUCGGAGGAACGAUCGCUCGGAGAUAUCAGCCGUGGCCGAAAUCUCCACGCCAAGGCGUUGAACUGCUACCGCGCGGGUGCGUCUCUGGCCCUCGGUCCCGCGUUUCAAGCAGCGGCAAGGCAGCAGCUCCGCUCCCGCCCCCCGUGUCCACCCAGCCCGGGACCAGGUCGGCAGUUCUCAACGAUGGGCAGGAGGGACCUUGGCGGCGACCCCUAAAACAAUACCAUGCCCCGGGAGCCCCGCUGCUGCCGCGCCAGCUUCUUCCCUUUCCAUCUCCCCGACCCCGUCGGAUUCGGAUGAGCCCACAGCAGGGAGACGCAGACACCAGAAAUGUGGGAGGGACUCGGAGAGGGCGGGAGCAAAAGAGGGAGGGAGAGAAAGAAGGGCUCGAGUUGGGGAGCGCGCCAGAGCGCGAGGGACGAGAGAGAGGAGGAGCGCAGGAGCAGCGGAGGCGAUCCCGCGAAUUCAUUACUGUAAACAUCUCCCGGGGGCGUCAGGAGGGGUGGGGGUGGGGGCCGCGGCGCCUACAUAGUCCGGCUGCGUCGGAUCCAGGCAGCAGUGAGGUCGGAGCAGCCUCCAGACCCACGCGGGACCGACGCAGCACAGAGAGCGAGCCCCGCGCAGCGCCCCACGCCGGGCUCCGCGCGGUGGGCACCGGGGCAUCGGAGGCGCACUUGCCCGGUUCUCCACACCUACCCCCCGGGUCCUCCGUCUCCGAGGAGCCCCGGCACUACGGGGCCGCUUUCCAUCGCCUUCCACCCCGGUCCUCUUUCUUUUGGGACUCGUUGGCUCCGCCGAGGCGGAGAGGGAGGGGGAGGCAGCGGAGCAGAAGGGGCGGGGGCCGCGGCGGCCGGAGCCAGGAGAAAGUGGCAUGCCCGAGCCCUGGAGGCGGAGGUGGCGGAGGACUGGGGAAGACGAUGCCGCGGCUCCGUAAGGGAGAAAGGCAAGAGCGAGCGAGGCGAGUGGGGCGCUCGGGCGCCAGCCGGCUGCGGGCAGGCUCGCGCCGCUCUGAAGCUCCAGCCUCCGCAUCCCCGCGCCCCGACGCUGCAGGCGACAGGGCUGGGCUCCGGCAGCCGCCACCGUCGCCGCUGCCGCCACCGGGAGUACCGAGCAAAAGUUUGGAGCUGAGGGAGGACGCAGCGCUGAGCGGGAUUAACACCAGGGCUAGAAGGAUACCUCGAGAACCUUUGCAGGUUGCAGAUUGAGCUAACCCAAGAAGUUCACAGACUGACCAACGCUGUUCUGACGUACAACAGAAGGCAAGGUGUUCUGCCUGCCCAACAGGGCCCCUGUUGAGCGCUGAUAACUUGGCUUCAUUGCUGGCUUGUGUAGAAAAUUCUCUCUGUUGAAUUC